CAACACUGGUCAGUUGUCAUUUGUGAGUGUGACUUAUGCGACAAUUGACGUGACAUAUCCUCUUCGAUCAAUUUUGAUUCAAUUUAUAUUUGUAAAUUAUAUCUUUCAAACCUUUAAUCCUUGGUUUAUUGAAUUAUGGAAUAAUAAAAUAGAAAUAUUUCAAACAGCGCGAUGGUUGUGUCACCUCAAAGUCCCGCUAACGACACUCAAAGUGUACAAUCCAAAAAAACCAACAUGGCAUCCAAACAAUCUUCGGUGGCUGACACAAGAGCGGAAUUGGCAGAAUUAGUAAAACGAAAAGCUGAAGUGGCCGAAACCCUGGCGAAUUUGGAACGUCAAAUAUAUGCAUUUGAGGGAUCAUACCUGGAGGAUACUCAACUGUAUGGAAAUAUAAUAAGAGGCUGGGACAGAUACUUAACUACUAACAAAAGUACUAAUUCAAAGGCUGAUAAAAGAAAUAGAAAGUUCAAAGAAGCUGAACGAUUAUUUUCUAAAUCUAGUAUAACAUCAAUUGCUGCAGUAAGUGGUCUUGUGGAAUCAGGGGAAGCAAAAAAUGACAGAAAUAGUGAAACAGAAUCACAGACAAAUGAAGAUUCUUCAGAUACACAAAUUAGUUCAGGGUUAAAUAUCGGAAGUUUGAAUCACACCACCAUUCAUGGUUCAACUGAAAGUAUUGCAUCAAAGCCGUCGGGUAAACAACAUACCAAUGGCAGCAUAGAUAAAGUUAUCAGCCACUCUGCACAAACUAAACAGACUGUAACCCAGAAAAUUGCAACAUCUUCUGGUAUGCUACAAAAAGCAUUUGAAGGCGAUAGUAAAAUUUUGUCAGGUGUUGGCUUAGACAGUAGGCCUGGAACACCAAAAGACAAGGAUUCUAGCUUAAACAUGGUAAACAAAGGAGACCUUACACCAAACUCACUUAAACAUAAGUUGGCUAAUAGUGGAAGCAAUAAUAGUAUUAAAAAAAGUAAUAACAAAAAAGCUAGACACAGGUAAUUCCUGCAACACAAGUUAAUAAAAUGUUAGAACUGGAAUAUUAUGCAAAAAAAAAACAAAAUGAAUUGUAUUGGUUACAUAAACAACUUAAGAAUCCAAAUAUUUUAUUUUUGAUGUCUUUGGUUAAAUAUAAAUACAAAUGCAGUAAUAAAUUUUGUUCAACUUUU